AUGUUGAAAUUCUUCACUUUUGAAAAAGUUUCUGAACUUAUGGACUGGCUAUUAAACAAUCCUGAUUUAAAUUCUAUUAAAAACCUUUGGGGUAUCAUUAAGGACAAUAUAGAAAAAUGUAUACCAAAAAAUUAA